ACAAUUAUCGGUUACUUGUCUAAUUUGUUGUGUUCUGGAAUUAAAAUCAAAAUAAUUACGUAGUUUUGUAUGGAUGUAUGGUUAUUAAUAUUUAUAUGAGAUCGGUUACUAUCGAAAUGGCAAAAUAACAAUUUUCUGGAACGGAUAAGUGUCAAAUAAUUUAUGUGAUAGAGGUUGAAACUGAAUUUUCACAUUAGGACUUAUCUAUUACACAUGUUUGCAGAAAAAGAUGACAGUUUUGGAGGAUGAAGUAAUGCCUGUGCGUGUACUUUCAAAAGAUAAGUAUUCUAAAAAUCUGUUGAAACGGAAAAAUUCUGCAAGUAAAGAUUUGCCAGCUAAAAGACAACUCAUUGAUUUAAAAGAUAACAUGUUGAAUGGAUACCGAUCUGAUCAAAGGUAUAGUGGAGACAAUAUACAGGAAGCACCUGUAGCCAGUUUGUCUAACAUGGGUAAUACAUGUUACCUAAAUAGUGUGCUGUAUACAUUGAGGUUUGCUCCAAUGUUUCUUCAUAAUCUACAUCAUUUGAUUGGAGAUCUUACUAUAGUUCAGAAUCGAUUGAGUCAAAAUAGGGCAAAAACUUCUUCAUUAGGUAGAAAUAUAGGUGCUAUUGGUGGACCAAACUCUCGAAGUGCAAGCUCAAGUACAAGUAGUAAAGACUUUUUUUCUAUACCAACUGAUAUCAUUCCAAAGUCUAAGGUUCAAAUGGUGACUGAAAGAUUACAUGAAUUAUUUAUAACUAUGCAUAACCUAGAAUUGAAAGAAUCUAGUGAUCCUUACCAACCAUUAGCAUUGUUACAAGCUGUUCGAGAAGCUAAUGCUAUAUUCGAAGGGAAUCACCAACAGGAUGCUCAUGAACUUCUGUUAUAUCUUCUCGAUAAUAUUCGUGAAACUUGUGAUUUUCUGACGGUCCAAUUACAACAUAAUCCUGAUUUACUUAGUGAACCUGAGUGUACUUCUAAUUCCAAUAGUGGGAAAAUUUGGGGUGUUCGAAGAUCAUGGAAGAAAUGCCAAGUUAAAAAAGAAAAAGGCUUCAAGGGAUCUAUUAAUGAAGAUGUUAUUAACGAAUCUGUGCCAACAGAUGAUGAUGUUGAUGCUGGGACAAGUAAUGAUGUCCAACAAAAAAAAAUUGGAUUUAAUUUUCUUGCUGAAGAUUUUGAAGGAAUAACACUAGUAAGAACAAAAUGCUUAGAAUGUGAAAGUGUAACUGAACGAAAAGAACCAUUUUAUGAUAUACCAGUACCUAUUAUGAGUGAAACUGAGUUUGAUAUUACAAAAAUUGAAGAUGUUUCUCCUAGUGAAAUUUAUAGGAAAGCUUGUGUUACUUCUGAAAAAUUAUGUGAUGCUAACAAGUAUUUAUGUGAUAAAUGUAAACGAUACAAUGAAGCCAGUAGAGAUGUUCUAUUUGAGAGAUUACCAAAUAUGAUGAUCUUACAGUUGAAAAGAUUCAAUACUUCAACGUCAGGAGUACAUAAAGUGAAUACCUAUCUUCCUACACCGCUAGAAUUAGAUUGCUUCUGUGAAAGCUGUUGUAAAUUAAAUGGAGAUGAAGUAUCUUCUCAUUACUAUAAACUUAGUUGUAUUAUAAUGCAUUUAGGAGGGACAAUGGCUUCAGGUCACUACAUAGCUUAUGUUAAAGCUUCAAAUUACUAUAAUAGCUAUCAUGAUUGUUCAAGAGAUAUGCCCAAAACAGGUCUUUCUGCGAGCUGUAGUGAGAAAUCUCUGAACAUUUUGAAAUUUCUGAAGCCUCGUGCAGUUGCAAAUUCACUUAUGGAAGCAAAAAACGGAAUCUCUUCUAAAAAUAUUUUAAAUGGAUUGAAGAUUUGUAAAAGUAUCGAUUGCUGUAGUGUAAAAUUGAAUAAGAAUGUUCUAGAAAAUGCUCUGAAUUCCCAAUUUAAAAAGAAUGAUCAUGAAGAGGAUAUGUGGUUGGAGUGUGAUGAUGAAUCUAUUCGUUUCUUGAAAAGCGAGGAACUUGCACAAGUUUUAAGCUACAAACCCAACUCAACUGCUACACCUUAUCUUCUUUUUUACACCAAAAUCAAAAGGAAUGUUAAAACUGAAUGAGAAUAUCUUCAGAGUAGGUGGUUUGUUACAAAUUGAAUAGAAAACUGAUACUGUUAGCUAUUUAUAAAAUAUUAAAUAAUAUUGCCGAA